CUCGUUCUUCCCGAGUCACAUUAAAGAUUCGUUCAAAAUGAACGAAUCGUUCAAGAACGACCCAUCACUAAUAACAACAUGGCGGGCAAUUCAAAAGAGCAGCUGCUGUCUGUGCGAGUUUACAACACCCUUCAGAGUCUGGGCUGUCCUCUGGUGGAUGGGCUGUACCUGCGGGAGCCAGAUAGUGUGCAGGAGCUCCUCUGCUCUCCUUCAUUACACAGGACUGAUAUCCUCAAGUGGAUUUGCGCCAGCAUUUGUCCAUCCCUAAAGGAGAAGUUUUCCACAAUUAAAGCAACUCCGAAAGAGGAUUUAGUUCAAGAACUCGCACGGUUUGGUUAUGAAAUGAUGUUAUGUAAAGCUAACGACCAGGAUUUAAUCAAGGGUCUUGCGCCACCAUUACAGCAGCUGAAGUUUCUGGAGCAGCUUCUAAUGGUCAUUCAAGCAGACUCCUCAAUAAACUCUAGGCAGAACUCAUCCUCUGGUGAUGACAGUGUGAGGAACGAUGAUCUUCUUCGGGAUCUAAUGUUUCAGGAUCACUUAUCAGACCUGGAUAUGCUCCUGAAUCCGGUCUGCAACCCAUGGCCUGCGCAUAUCCGGGAAUAUCUAAUACGCACACAGUCAACUCACAACAAAAUGAACGGAAAACAACACAGUAAACCCAGUGAUUUCAUAAACAGGAGUGAUCAACAUUCCCGACUGGGAAGUCAUGGAGAAGAAAGCCUGACAGAGGCCAUGGCGCUGCUGCAGUCUACGCAGAGCACAUUAGACGAGCUCCACAAAGAGUGUGAGUUCCUACAGUCACAUGCGUCAGGUUCGGCAGCUGUUCUGUCCCCCUGUGCACUGAAAGUGGCCAUCUCAGACAUGUCCCAGCUCAUGACGGCUUUUGGACACAUCUACAACACAGACUUUAAGGCGUACUGCCAAAGAACCCCUCCGGCCCUCAAUUCUGGUUCUAUUGUGUUUCAGUCUGUACAUCAGCUCCUGCACACCUGUAAUACGGAGCUAGAGGCUCUUAAGCAGCUGUCUGAAACCUCGUCGUCUCUCACACAAACAGUGCAACAGCUGCAGACAGACAAGCGGUACUGGUCUAAAGGACAGAAGCACACGCUGCCCGAACGGUUGGAGGAGCUAAAGAACAGAUAUGUGGCUUUUCUCUCCCUUCACCAAUCAUAACCUCAAGGACUAAGCAGAAAUCUACAACCUACAGCUUGGAUUUUAAUUAGUGAAAGGCAUGAGGUGUCAAACAUAACCAAUCGGACCGCUUAUUUACAUGUUCAGGACUGUUCCCAUAGCACUUUGUGAUUUAUAACACCACUAUGCCAUGCACUGUUAUGCAGAUUUAUGCUAGGAAUAAAUAACAAACUGUUGUUUUUGAACUCCAAGACACAAGUGUGCCAGUGUUUUGAUUUGCAAUCAUAUGUCAUGACCUGUUUCUUUUUUUUUUUU